AUGGCAAACGUGUCAAGGUCAAAUUCGACCAGCAAGGUUUUAAAUACUAUGGUGGACCAAGAGUUGACUUUCCCACUUCAGGUUAGUUAUAUAACUAACAUCAUCUUCAACAGCAUUUCUUGCCCUUUCACUGUUCUGCUUAACGUGUUGGUGAUUUUGGCGGUGAAAAGCAGACCACGUCUUCAGAGCAAACCCAAUAUCUUGUUGGCUUGUUUAGCAGCUACAGACGCCAUGAAUGGUCUCGCAGCACAGCCAUUUUUCAUCUUCGCAUUAACACUGACGCUAUUACGUAUAAACAAACAAACCCUAGAGUUUUCGAUCGUUAUUCAGAACUUGGUUUCGCGCGCCCUGUUCGUUUGUUCUGCACUGCACCUGAUAUUGGUGACUUGGGAGAGACUUGUAGCGAUCAAAUUCACCAUGAACUACCCUUACAUUGUAACAAACAGAAACAUCAAGCUGGCAGUGUAACGUAAAACCUAGCAAACAGAAAAGAGACUUCAUCAUCGUGAAUGAUGUUUGGUUUGUUAUAAAUGUUUGCGAAAUUGUCCAGAACAAAAUUAACGUACACAAUAAAAACAAAGUAAAAGAAUGCCCUAAUUGUACAGAGAAACGCGACGGCAUGAACGUUUGA